GCCGCCCCCGCGGGGCGCGCAGGGUGUGCGGAGCGGGGGGGCCGGGGCGGGCGCGGGCCGGCGGGUCCCGCACGCGGGCGCCCACGUGACGGCCGGGCCCCGUUCCUCAGUCCUUAUAUGGGCAGUGACGUCCCGGGCAUUCAGGGGGCCCCCAUAAAUAGUUACCGCCAGACUUGUCCUCCAGCGCGAGCUGCGGCGGGAGCGCGGCGCGCCCGGGGCACCGCGGCCACCGCACCGCCGCGACGGGGCGGCCGCCCGCCCGCACAUGCCGCGCCGGCUCCCCGCGGUUCCCCCGCGCUGGUAGUGGGAGGCAGGGGGAAGCGCCCCCUCCUCUCCCUCCCCUCCCCGCCCCGAGUGCCCACCGCCGGCCGGGAGCACCGCUCCCCCGGCCGCCCCGCUGCCCCCAUGAUGACCGCCAAGGCGGUAGACAAGAUCCCGGUGACCCUCGGUGGGUUCGUGCACCAGCUCCCCGAGGGCAUUUACCCCGCGGAUGACAUCUCCGCCGCUCUGCCAACUUCGGUCGCGAUCUUCCCCAAUGCCGACCUGGCAGGGCCGUUCGACCAGAUGAGCGGUGUGGCAGGAGACGGCAUGAUCAACGUGGACAUGGGCGACAAGCGGGCCCUGGACCUGCCCUACGGUGGCGGCUUCGCGCCCAACGCCCCGGCUUCCCGCAAUCAGACCUUCACCUACAUGGGCAAAUUCUCCAUCGACCCGCAGUACCCUGGCGCCGGUUGCUACCCCGAGGGCAUCAUCAACAUCGUGAGCGCGGGGAUCCUGCAGGGGGUCAGCACGCCCUCCUCCGCCGCCUCCUCCGCCGCCUCCUCGGCCGCCUCCUCGGCCACCGCCGCCUCCGCCACCUCCCCCAACCCGCUGGCCGGGGCCCUCGGCUGCACCAUGGCACAGGGCCAGCCAGCCGACCUGGAGCAUCUCUACUCGCCGCCGCCGCCGCCCUACUCGGGCUGCGGUGACCUGUACCCGCAAGACUCCUCCUCGGCUUUCCUGCCCGCCGCCGGCGGCGGGGCACUGCCUUUUCCCCCGCCGCUCUCCUACCCAUCGCCGAAAGCGGCGGCGGCCGACGGCGGGCUCUUCACCAUGAUCCCCGAGUACGGCGGCUUCUUCCCGCCGCCUCAGUGCCAGCGGGAGCUCCACGCCGGCCCCGACCGCAAGCCCUUCCCCUGCCCCCUCGACUCGCUCCGCGUCCCGCCGCCCCUCACGCCGCUUUCCACCAUCCGCAACUUCACCAUGGGGGCGCCCCCGGCGGGCGCCGCCCCCGGCAGCGCUCCCGGCAGCGGCGGGGGCGAGAGUGCGGGCGCCCGGCUGCCCGCCGGCGCUUACAGCCCGCACCACCUGCCGCUGCGGCCCAUUCUGCGGCCCCGCAAGUACCCCAAUCGGCCCAGCAAGACGCCGGUCCACGAGCGGCCCUACCCGUGCCCCGCCGAGGGCUGCGACCGCCGCUUCUCCCGCUCCGACGAGCUCACCCGGCACAUCCGCAUCCACACGGGCCACAAGCCCUUCCAGUGCCGUAUCUGCAUGCGGAACUUCAGCCGCAGCGACCACCUCACCACCCACAUUCGCACGCACACCGGCGAGAAACCCUUCGCCUGCGACUUCUGCGGCAGGAAGUUCGCCCGCUCCGACGAGAGGAAGCGGCACACCAAGAUUCACCUGCGCCAGAAGGAAAGGAAAGGAGCCGCGGCCGCCGCCGCCGCCGCCAGCGGGUGCCCGCAGCCCGGCGGCGGGAGCGGCACCGCCGCCCUGGCCCCCUGCGCUGCGCGGACGCGGACGCCCUGACGGCGCGGGACGCGCAGGACCCAGCGCGGAGCCGCCGCCGAGCGCGGCAGGCGCGGAGCGGAGCGGGGCCCGGCGGGGCGCGACGAGCACCUGGCGGCGCCGCGGGGCUCCCCCGGGCCGGGGCGGGCCGGAGCGGGCCG